AUGGGCCGCAAACCAGCAGUUGUUGAAGACCUACUCUCCAAUAACCCUGGGGUUGUGAUGGUGCAAUCCUCGCCCUCUCCAUUCCAACCAAGUCCAAAGCCAAAAAGGAUGAAGAAGGCCAAAGCAAAGGCCACAGUGACUCAGAUCGAUUCUAAGGACAUUAUGCCAAUUUCCAAACUUGUCGAGGCUGAAAAGAGUGCCCCUUCUACCGAUAAACAUCCAGCCGAGGCUAUUCAGUAUGCUCACUCAUAUGCUGUCAAAACCGAGAUAAUGAGGAAGGAGUUAGCAAGAAAGACCAAGGAAGCAGCCAAACUCCUAUCCUCACUCAAUAAAGUCGAGGCCAACAAUCAAGCUCUAAUGGACCAGGCUAAGGAUGCCAAAGCUGCUCAAAGUUUGGCCGAGAAAAAAGCCAAAACGGCCAAUGACGAAGCCAAGGCUGCAAGAGCCGACCUUGAAAUAGCCAAGGCCAAGGUAACUGCCAUAGAGGCCAAGCUUCAAGAGGCCCUUGCCUCUAAGGAGGCCGAGGUAAAGGUGGCUGAUGAAAAAGCAUUUGAAGAGGGGCAGGCCGCCGUUCGUGAUCAAUACAAACAGCAAGUCAACUUGGCUUGCAAUCGAGGUUAUUACCUCAGUUGGACAGCGAUUCUCAACAAGUUAGUUGUGCCGAUGGACUCCGACCUCCAAGACAUCAAUCAGCUUCAAGUGCCUUUCCCUCUAGAGCCUAAGGACUCUGGUGAUGAUGCCAACGAAGAUGGUGCCGAGGAUGGUGAAGUUGAUGAAGUGGAGGAAGAGGCUGCCACUAAUCCUAAGUCUCCCCCCCUCAAUGAGCAAAUAGACUUAACUCAAGAUGAGAAGGAUGACAUGGUCUCCAAGGGCGUCUUUCCCAAUCCAACAACCUCUGAGACCGAGGUUCAGUGUGCUAAAAGGAGUCUGGAUCAGACUUUGCAAGAAAUAGACGCCGAGAUAGCGCCCGAAAAGAAUACAACACCGACAUCCGAGGUUGACAAAUCACAGAUCAGUCCUAGUACUUAG